CCGGCUCCGCUGCGGCCUGCGCGACGGUCGGCUGCGUCUCCAUGGCAACAGUUAACAGCGCUCCAGGACCUGGGGUGCGGGGUCCUCAGCGCAGAGGUGUGCCUAGCACACUGCCGGACUCAACGUGCGGCGGGUGGGCUGUUUCCCUUCGCUUCAAGCUCGGGUUUGAGGAUAACCCUGUGAUGUGCUAGGUCUAACGUGCCUUCCUAUAUAAUAUUGGGGCGCACAGUUCCUGUUGUGUAAUCAGGCGGCGCGGUGCAUACCCGAGGCCGGCCAACCGCUGACAGCCGCCUGCUGCUGCGGCUAGCGCCGUGUUGUGUUGAGCUGGCACUUGGCUCUGGGCUGCCUGGCGGCGGGGAGCGGGAGUGCGAGGAGCCCGGCUCCCUGGACACGCAGGUUUGUAAAGAGGCUUCACUUAUAAACAAAGACACAAGGGAAAAAUGACAUUCAGAAAAGUGAACAUUGCCAUCCUUGUACUUGCUAUUGUUAUAUUUUUAUUAGUUCUGCAUCACAACCUUCUAGGUCUCAGUGACUUUUUGAAACAAGAUGUAGCAGAUUCAAGUCCAUUAGGACUCCAGCCUAUAGAUUUCAUACCCGAGGCUCCUCAAAGGCUGACUGAGGAAAGCAAUGAUCAGGAAAUUCCUGUGGUCAUUACAGCAUCGGAUGACAGGCUUGGAGGUGUAAUUGCAGCCAUGAACAGCAUUUACCAUAACACUAAAUCCAACGUAGUAUUCCAUAUUGUCACUCUAAAUGAUACAGUGGACCAUUUGAGGGCGUGGCUGAGUAAAACUGCUCUGAAAAACGUGAAAUACCGAAUUUUGGAUUUCGACCCUCGUAUUUUGGAAGGGAAAGUGAAAUUGGAUUCUGAACAGGCAGACUCCAUAAAACCAUUAACCUUUGCAAGAUUCUACUUACCUAUGUUCGUUCCUCAUGCAGAGAAGGCUAUAUACAUGGAUGAUGAUGUAAUAGUGCAAGAUGAUAUCCUUGAACUUCACAACACACCACUGAAACCUGGCCAUGCAGCUGCAUUUGCAGAUGACUGUGACUCAACCUCUAAUAAAUUUGCCAUCCGUGGAGCAGGGAAUCAGUACAAUUAUAUUGGAUUUUUAGACUAUAAGAAACAAACAAUCCGGAAGCUCGCCAUGAAAGCCAGCACCUGCUCUUUCAAUCCAGGGAUCAUUGUUGCUAAUCUAACAGAAUGGAAACUACAGAACAUCACUAAGCAAUUGGAGAAAUGGAUGACACUUAAUGUAGUAGAGGACUUAUACAGCAGAACUCUGGCAGGUAACAUUGCCACACCACCACUGCUAAUUGUAUUUUACAAGCAACAUUCUAAUAUUGAUCCCAUGUGGAACGUCCGACAUCUUGGCUCUAGCACUGGAAAAAGGUAUUCUCCUCAGUUUGUGAAAGCUGCCAAGUUGCUCCAUUGGAAUGGACAUUUCAAACCCUGGGGAAGAACAGCUUCUUAUGCUGAUAUCUGGGAGAAGUGGUACAUUCCGGAUCCUACUGGCAAGUUCAGCCUGAUCCGCAGACACUCUGAGAUCCACGAGUCCAAGUGAAAUGGAUUUUAUAAACUAUUGUCAUUUUCUCAGGAAACUCUUGGAGACAGCAAUGUUUCUUUCAGCUGAUUUGUAUUACAGAGCAGUCUCUCUGCUUCUCUGGAGCACAGGGGAAAGUACAUUUUCAGGUGACAUGAUCAACUGUACCAAACUGCAUCCCUGCAGAAGAGACUUAUUUCAAAUAUGAUUGGGGAAACAGUCCAGCCGCACUAUGAAGAGUGGAGAAACACCUACAUGAACUAGCGUUUUUGCUAGGUAAUUCCUUUUAAUUACAUUCUUCCAGUCCAGUGCAAGUCUUCUGUUUGAUAUUUUGCAAGCUACAGAAAUAGAUGUCUCUUGUUUGUAGGAACAGCUUUUGGGUCGCAGCCACACGCGAAUCUUGCACACCAAUUUUAUUAUAAUCAAAAGCUGCUACUGGUUUCUUAGUAUCUUAUCUUAUCCUCUGAUAUAUGGAGCUUUAUAAAAGGCACUUUCUCUUGCAUGAAGACCUACUCACCAUUUAUAUUUAACCCUUUCUUGCACUGUCUCAGUGUGUGUAUGAUCUUAAUUUUUAUUUUUCAAAGGCGACUUCAAUUGUUAUUUCACUGAGAAUUUUUUUAAUGUGAUUGCCACUCAACACAAACUGUUUUUAAAGGUGUGGAAUAAACUAAACUUGGUUAAAAAAAUAAAAUGAUUUAAGGUUAAUUGUUCAAG